AUGUACAAUCACUGCGCCUUGGUCAAGAUAGCUCCCCAAAGCGGAGCAUUUGUAGUGAGCGAACUUGAACGCAGGUUCGACUAUUGGUAUGUCUGGACGACAUCUCUGGAGGCCAGGAUGUCUGAGAUUCUGUUGAAAAGCUGGGAAACAGCGGUGAAAGCCCAAUCCCUUUCGCCGAACCUUCUCCGACGGGUCUGGAUUGACCAUAUCGUCAAUGUCGAGACGAAGCUCGUGGUUUAG